AUGUCAAAUAAUCAGCUGGUUGACUCCUGUCUGCUGGUGAAUCGCCGGAUUGAGCAGAGACAGGAGCACAACAUAACUCGCACUGAGAUCACGCAGAGACGCGUCCUACAGGAGAAAGCCCCCGACAUGCCGCAAUACACCGGACAGGGCGACACGGAUUACCAUGGGAGUAACGGACAGGCGGACACCCACUCGUUGCACUCGUCUCAUCUGUCCGUCCAGGAGGAUCCGCUGCUUAUCCGGACCCACAAACAACAGACUUCUCAGCAAGUGACGACUGUGACGAAAGUCGUGCGCGAGGUUUCCCACAUGGAGCCGGAUCCGGGCGCGGUCAGUUACAUGUCGGUGCCGCUGAUGUCGCAAGACUAUCAGCACGCGGACCCCCGCUACCCCGCGGACCCGUACAUGGUCAGCUUCGACCAUUACGACCCGUACCUGGGCUACCCGCCGCAGCCGGGGUACCCGGGACCCCAUGGUAUCUACAUGCCGCGCUCGCAUUCUCCCCACAGCCCCCACAGCCCAUCGGAGCACAGUCGUGCUUCUCCGCCACACGAGUACAUGCGCAAGGGCGCGCCCUACGUGGAGGGUAGCUAUAACGACAUCGACCCCGGCUUAAACCCCGCUUUGCAGGACCAUUAUCGCAUCACUCCGAGUCCAGGUGGUCCCGGGGAUCAGUACGAUGAGAGCAAAGUGGCGUAUGGCUACGUGUCGCCGUCGCCGUACGGGCCCGUGGGCUACGGGCCCGCCGUCGGGGUCGGGCCGGUGCCGAGCGACGUGCCCGGCUACGAGGAGGGCCACCCGGGGGUGCCCCUCACGUCGGCCGUGCCGCCCGGCAUCUUCGAGGACGAGGUGCACCUGCAGCGGCUGCAGUCGCGGCAUCCGGUGGUGCCCGGCAUGGCGAGCCCGCUCGACGACGAGCAGAAGUCGAUGCGCUGGCGCGACCCGAACCUGUCCGAGGUGAUCGGCUUCCUCAGCAACCCCAACAACAUCAUCAAGGCGAACGCGGCCGCGUACCUGCAGCACCUCUGCUACAUGGACGACCCGAACAAGCAGAAGACGCGCAGCCUCGGCGGCAUACCGCCGCUGGUGCAGCUGCUCGACCACGACAAUCCGGACGUGUACAGGAACGCGUGCGGCGCCCUGCGGAAUCUGUCGUACGGCCGGCAGAACGACGAGAACAAGCGUGCGAUCAAGAACGCGGGCGGCGUCCCGUCCCUCAUCAACCUGCUGCGACGGACGUCCGACGCGGAGGUCAAGGAGCUGGUCACGGGAGUUCUGUGGAAUCUGUCCUCGUGCGAAGACCUGAAGAGGUCGAUCAUCGACGACGGCGUGACGAUGGUGGUGAGCAACAUAAUAAUACCUCACAGUGGCUGGGACCCGAGCUCGUCGAGCGGCGAGACCUGCUGGUCGACCGUGUUCAGAAACGCGUCCGGCGUCCUGAGGAACGUCUCGAGCGCGGGCGAGUACGCGCGGAAGAAUCUGCGCGAGUGCGAGGGCCUGGUGGACGCGCUGCUCUACGUCGUGCGCUCCGCGAUCGAGAAGUCCAACAUCGGCAACAAGAUCGUCGAGAACUGCGUGUGCAUCCUGAGGAACCUGAGCUACCGCUGCCAGGAGGUGGAGGACCCCAAUUACGACAAACACCCGAUCCAGUCCACGGUGCAGAACCGAGUCACCGCGCCCGCGAAAGCAUACAGUUUAUGUCAAGGUGAGAAUCUGGGUUGCUUCGGCGGCAGCAAGAAGAAGAAGGACGGCCAACCGGUCCAGAAGGAGACGACCGCAUCACGUACGACGAGUCCGCGGACCGAGCCGGUCAGGGGAAUGGAAUUGCUCUGGCAACCGGAAGUGGUGCAGUCGUAUCUCAGUCUCCUGCAAACGUGCUCGAACCCGGAAACGCUGGAGGCCGCCGCCGGGGCCCUGCAGAAUCUCGCGGCCUGCUACUGGCAGCCGAGCAUCGAGAUCCGCGCGGCCGUGCGCAAGGAGAAAGGUCUCCCUAUAUUAGUGGAGCUCUUGAGAAUGGAGGUGGACCGAGUAGUCUGCGCGGUCGCGACGGCGCUCAGGAACUUGGCGAUAGACCAGCGCAAUAAGGAGCUAAUAGGCAAAUACGCGAUGAGGGAUCUCAUCCAGAAGCUGCCGUCUGGAAAUAAUCAGCACGAUCAGGGCACGAGCGACGACACGAUCGCCGCGGUGCUCGCGACUCUAAACGAGGUCAUCAAGAAGAACGCCGAGUUCUCGCGGUCGUUGCUCGAUGCCGGCGGUGUCGACAGACUGAUGAACAUCACCAGGCAACGCCAGAAAUACACGCCGCGCGUUCUCAAAUUUGCAGGACAAGUACUGUUCACGAUGUGGCAACAUCAAGAGUUGCGAGACGUGUACAAGAAGCACGGCUGGAAGGAGCAAGACUUCGUCACGAAAACCGUCGCCGCCAGGAAUUCAGGGCCUAAUUCACCCAACAACGCUAACAGCUACGAUUGCAGCACUCUGAAUCGACCGAUGGCGAGCCAGGGAAGCACAAGAUACGAGGAUCGAACGAUCCAGCGAGCGAACAUGAAUUCGAAUAAUGUCGGUCGACCUACUAUAUAUCAAUCACAGCCGAAACCCGGUGAGCCGCUCUACGCGCAAGUUAACUUGGAGAAGAAAAAGAAGCGGCAGUACGAGCUGGGGGUGGGCCAGGGUGGCCAGGUGGGUCAGGUCGGCGUUGGCGCCGCGAUACCCGGUGGCGGCGUCGGCGGCGGCAUAGCUGGACCAGGCGGUGGCGCCGGCGGCGUGGGCGGCCAGUGGAUGCCGGACGGCGUCGGGAUGGUGCCGGACGGCACCGGCGCCACGUCGGUGGCGGCGACGGAGAUCUGGGACACGCGGAUUCGGCUCGUCGUAACGGGACGCAAGGGCGUGAGGGCACAGCCGUUAAAUUCAUUCGGGCAUUUAGCCCCGAAUCUGGGCUCGCGGAAAAUCGAGAUCACCGGUUGGCGACGUCGUGGGUCGAGUCAGCUGGACGUGGGCGAGUUGAGGGGGAAAACGUUUGUCGCUGGGUAUCGAAGCAAGGAUAACGAUUAUAUACAUGAAGAAAAAAAAAAGAGAAAAGUACGGGGAUUGGGGGAAUUGCUGAUGGUCCGAGAUGUAGAAGCACCCGAGUACGCGCCUGUGCUCGGAAUACCGUCGAAAGAAGCUGAGGGAUUAAACGGACUGAUGGUGAAACGAACGAGCGGAUUGACGGAUCCUCGCCAAGUGGAGGAAUGUGAAGAAAACCGACCUCCGGGCGCACCCUCUCCGGGUACUCGCAAGAGAGGAUUUACUAGCGUGCAGAUUGGAAGAUCGGGGAAGCGAAAACCAACGGAACAGACCGACCCCGAUCACGCUCCUCGCCAGGGUAAACGCAUCGUCCUGCCUUAG